AAAUGCGGUUGUAGCCUACGUUCGUUCUUCAAGGAAGUAAGAGCUAAACUUAACGGUUAAGUGAUAUGGCUAUGCAUGUUCAGUAGGCUUAACAAGAGCGUAGAUAAUGGAUGGAUUGAUGAAAGUGAACGGAUUUAAAGUCCUUGGCCAAUGAGGACUAAAGUCUGGCAAUGCGAGACUACUUGGACCAAAGAUGAGUGUUUAUGGGAAGGAUGAGGAGGGCAGAGCAGAGUCUCCAGUAUCCAGCUGUCUGUCUCUGAAGAGUGACCAGUCCAAAGAUAUUCCUCUUGCCUUCAGUAAUGAACUAUUCGACACAAGACCAGAGUCUCCAGUAUCCAGCUGUCUGCCUCUGAAGAGUGACCAGUCCAUAGACAUUCCUCUUGCCUUCACUAAUGAACUUGGACUAUUGGACACAAAGGACAGGAAAAGGGCGAGUGGUGUUAUCGAGGAGCAGCUGGCAUGCUGUGCUUUGUGCCAGGACGUCCUCAGGGAUCCACGGUCUACCACCUGUAGACACUACUUCUGCAGGGAAUGCACUGUGCCAUACCUGGAACAAUGUGAAUCAACAGGAAACCCCCCCUGUCCCCAAUGUGGAAAAAGAUUCAGAAGAAGUUCGGAACUUCAGACACCCAGUCAAAGCAGCACUGAACCAAUUACUGGCAGUCGGCAGGAGGGUUUAGACAAGCAUAAGAUUCGUCACAGAAGAAGAUCUGAAUUUGCAAUAGAGGGAACUGCUAAAGCAGGAUCUCAAACCCGCCUAACUAGGAUCUACACUGAGCUGUAUAUCAUUGAAGGACAGUGCGAAGGAGUUAAUAUCCAACAUGAAGUGUGGCAACUUGAGACAGUAUCCAAAAUGGAGACCCUUAAUGACACUCCAAUCAAAUGUCACAACAUCUUUAAGGUCUUACCUGGCCAAAAGAGAUUAAUCAGAGUAGUUCUGACAAAUGGCAUUGCUGGCAUCGGAAAAACCUUCUUAGUGCAGAAGUUUAUUCUUGACUGGGCAGAGGGCCUGGAAAAUCAAGAUGUCAGCUUUGUGUUUCCGCUUUCGUUCCGGGAGCUGAACUUGAUCAAAGAGAAGCAGUACAGUCUUCUCAGGCUGCUACAUGAUUUUGAUCCAACACUACACAUGGUCACAGCAGAAAGUCUUGCUCUUUGUAAAGUUUUGUUCAUCUUUGACGGCCUGGACGAGAGCAGACUUUUGUUGGAUUUCCAGAACACUGAGGUUGUGUCCGAAGUCACACAGACAUCAUCAGUCAACUUGCUGUUGACAAACCUCAUCAAGGGGAAUCUGCUUCCCUCGGCUGUCCUUUGGAUAACUUCCAGACCUGCAGCAGCCAAUCAGAUCCCUCCUUCAUAUGUUGAUAGGAUAACAGAAGUACGAGGAUUCACUGACACUCAGAAGGAGGAGUACUUCAGGAGAAGAUUCAAUGAUGAUUCAAUGUCCGGCAGAAUCUUCUCACACAUCAAGGCAUCCAGGAGCCUCUACAUUAUGUGUCACAUCCCAGUUUUCUGUUGGAUCACUGCGACAGUUCUGGAGCACAUGUUGAUUACAGACAAAAAAGAGCUUCCCAAGUCUCUGACUGAGAUGUACUCACACUUUCUGCUGGUCCAGUCCAAGAGAAAUACACAGAAGUACGAUAAAGGAGAUGAGAUGACCCAACAGGAGCUGAAGCAGACAGAUGGGGAAGUCCUUCGGAAGUUGGGGAGACUUGCGUUCGAACAUCUGGAAAAAGGGAACAUCAUCUUCUACCAAGAUGACCUGGAGAGAUGUGGUCUUGAUGUCGAAGAAGCCUUAGUUUUCUCAGGACUGUGCACAGAGAUCUUCAAAAGAGAGCGUGUGCUUUUUCAGAAAACUAUUUACUGCUUUGUUCAUUUAAGUAUUCAGGAAUUUCUCGCUGCUGUCUACAUGGUCGACUGUUAUCUGAACAAGAACAUCGAAGUUCUGGCGACUUUCUUGGGAGAAGACUGGGAAAGAAAAAGCAGUGACCUAGGUCUGGAUAACUUCCUCAGUCGAGUUGUGGAGAAAUCCCUUCACAGUGUAAAUGGCCACCUGGACCUCUUUGUUCGCUUCCUUCAUGGCCUGUUAUUGGAGUCCAACCGUGGUCUCUUAGGAAGUCUGCUGGGCUGGACAGCGAGCAGUCCAGAAAGCAUCCAGAGUGCAAUAAACAACCUGAAGAAGAUGAAUGCUUAUGAUAUCUCGCCUGACCGAAGUAUUAAUGUCUUCCACUGUUUGAUGGAGAUGAAUGACCACUCGGUGCACCAGGAGAUCCAAGAGUUCCUGCAGUCAGGCAACAGAUCCGAUAAGAAACUCACCAAGACCCAAUGCUCAGCUCUUGCCUACAUGCUACAGAUGUCAGAAGAUGUUCUAGAGGUGUUGGACCUGAAGAAUUACAAUGCUACAGGUGAUGGAAGACGGAGAUUGCUCCCAGCUGUAAGAAACUGCAGAGACGCUCGACUCUCUGGCUGUGGACUCUCUGAGUGGCAUUGUGAAGUUCUGUCCUCAGCUCUGAUGUCCAACACUUCCCAUCUGCGGGAGCUGGACCUGAGUGAAAAUGACUAUCUGCUAGAUUCAGGAGUGAAGCAGUUGUCUGUUGGAUUGGGGAGUCCAAACUGCAGAUUGAAGAUACUAAGAUUGAAGAACUGCAGUUUGUCAGAAGGUUGUUGUGAUUCUCUGGCAUCAGCGCUGAAGUCCACCUCCUCCAACCUGAGAGAGCUGGACCUAAGUAACAACAACUAUCUUAAGGAUUCGGGGGUGAAGCUGUUGUCUACUGGCCUUGAGAGUCCACACUGUAGACUGGAGACUCUGAGAUUACGUUGCUGCAGGCUUUCAGAGACCUGCUGUGCACAUCUGUCCUCAGCUAUGAAGGUCAACCCCUCCCAUAUCAGCGAGCUAGACCUGAGUCAAAACAAGGUGAAGGAUUUAGGAGUAACUCUGCUGUCUUCUGCACUCAAGAGUCCUCAAUGUAGACUGAAGUGUCUGAGGCUUGAUAGAUGUGGGCUUACGGAGAACUGCUGUACAUCUUUGGCCUCCACUUUCAAGUCCAACCCCUCCAGCCUGAGAGAGUUGGAACUAAGCAAUAACGAUCUGCAGGAUUCAGGAGUCAAGUUGCUGUGCGCUGGACUGGAGAGUCCACAUUGUGGACUGGAAGCUCUUAGAUUGAGGAGCUGCUGGUUGUCAGAGAGUUCCUGUGCUUCUCUGGCUUCGACUCUGAUGUCCAACCCUUCCAGUCUCAGAGAGCUUGAUCUCAGUGAAAAUGAUCUACAGGAUUCAGGAGUGAAGCUGCUGACUGCUGGAUUGGAGAGUCCACACUGUAGACUUGAGACUCUGAUGUUGAAACGCUGUCAGGUCACAGAUGAAGGCUGUCCUUCUCUGGUGUCAGCUCUGAAGUCCAACCCAUCCUAUCUGAGACAGCUGGACCUGAGCAAAAACAAACUUCAGGAAUCAGGAGUGAAGUUGCUGUCUGACGUCCUGGAGAGUCCACACUGCAGACUGGAAACUCUCAGAAUGGAAGAAAUGGAGUAAACCUUGAGUCCGGCAAUCUGACUAAAAUGCAUCUCAUCAAUGGCCAUGAUGACUUGUUUCAGACUCUGGGGCUACCUCAAUUCACACCUCUCCAGGUUUCACAACCCUCCCCCCAUCCUCCUCACCAGGGAGCACCUACAACUCCCUCCUGCAGUCUAUCAAUGACAGUCAAUCAGGUGAAGAAGGAGCUAAAGAAGAUCAAGGCAAGAAAGGCCCUGGGCCCAGAUGGAAUCAGCUCCAGGCUGCUUAAAGACUGUGCAGAUCAGUUCAGUAAGGUCAUCCUGCACAUCUUCAACCUGAACCUUAGUCUGGAGUGCGUUCCAGUCCCGUGGAAGACUUCCUGUGUGGUCCCAGUACCUAAAACUACGCAGGGAGCCCAACCACUUCAGAUCGGUAGCCUUAACUAGCCUGACACCUGAUGAAGACCAUGGAGAGAGUUAUAUUCAACACAUAAGAACCCUGGUGAGCUCAAAGCUGGACCCCCUGCAGUUCGCUUACAAACCAAGGCAUAGGGGUGGAGGAUGCCCUCAUCUUUCUAUUACACAGAUCAUUGUCAAACCUGGGCAACACUGGGAGCACUGUGAGGGUUGUGUUUUUUUUUUUUUUUUUGGGAUUUUCCACCAUGCUUUCAAUACAAUUCAACCAUCACUGCUCUGGGAGAAGCUAUCAGGAGCUGGAGUUGACUGCCACCUGUCUGCAUGGAACAUAAACUACCUCACUGACAGACCACAGUCUGUGAGGCUCCAGGACUGUGUGUCUGACGUAGUGAUGAGCAGCACAGGGUACAGUGCUCGCUCCUUUCCAACUCUCAGCUCUUUUAAAUCAAGGCUGAAGACCUUACUUUUUGAUAAUGCUUUUUGUUAAUUCAUUGUUUGUUUUUUUAUGUAUCUUAAAUGGUUUUAAAUUUGUAUUCAUUACUAUUUUUAUUCUU